AUGUCAGACCUGCACACCUACGAAUUCAACGUCUCCAUGAGCUGCGGCGGCUGCUCAGGCGCCAUCGACCGUGUCCUCAAGAAACUGGACGGCGUCGAGAGCUACGAAGUCUCGCUGGAGAAUCAGACCGCCAAGGUCGUCACCGGACUGCCGUACGAGACGGUCCUGAGCAAGAUUGCCAAGACGGGCAAGAAGGUCAAUUCUGCGACGGCCGAUGGCGUUGAGAAGUCGGUGGAGGUUCCUGCUGCUGCGUGA